AUGAGCACUUUUCAGAAAGGAACCAAGCAAAGAGUUGUGAAGUUCGCCAAAAAGCCGGACUUUUUUGUCGAUCCAUCAAGAUUAAGGAACCUUACUGAUCAAUUUUUGUUGCUGGACUUUGUUUUUGGCCAAAAUCCCAGAUAUUUUGAGGACUAUGCUACUGAUGUUCGUGCUAUCCUGCAGUUUUCAAAAGAAAUGAAACAUAAUGGAAGCAUGACAACUAGUUUUUUACGAAGCCAUUCUGACUCAAUGUGCAUACACGUCCGAAUGACGGACUUUAUCCGGCUAAAAUGGCAAACUGACAUGAACAUUACUGUGAAAGCUGCUAUUCCACUGGCUAAGAGGAAGAAUAUAACACGUUUUCUAAUUUUUGGAGAUGACCAGCAAUUCAUGACCAAUAUGUCGCAAGCUAUCAUCAAGGAUGGUAGGUUUGAGAAUGAUGCAGUGAUUGUUUCAAAUUAUCACGAGUCUAUGGACCUGUAUCUAUCAUCCCAGAUGUGUCGCUCUUUUUUGAUCUCUGCAGCCGUUUCAACUUUUGGCUGGUGGCUUGCCUUUUUCGCAAAAGAUCAAAGCGCAGUUUGUUACUUGAAUGUUACUCGGCCUAACGCGUUGGUGCGCCGAAGGGAUUUUUUUUAUGAAAACCUGGCACUUGUAUCCCGAUGAGAGCUAGCGACAAUGGUUGUAAAUAAC